AUGGACCAAGCCGUUUUUGAAGUACUGACACAAGCUCUUUCGAGCGACGAAAAAAUAAGGGUAACGGCCGAACAGAGAAUAAAAGAGUUGGAACAACUGCCAGAAUAUCCCGUUAGUUUGGCCAAAAUGGCACUUGCCCAGGAUAUUGGAAUUCCACAGAGACAAAUAUCCUUUGACUGA